GAAAGAUAACCUGCUGAUACCGGAAAAACUUCGUACUCUAUGUUAGGAAUGGAAGGCCGCCCCAAUUAUGAUGAAUACCCAUAUCCAGUGGUCUUUCUGCCUCCUUACGAGAAUCCACCAGCAUGGAUCCCCCCGCAGGAGAGAGUUUAUAACCCAGAUUACAAUAAUGAACUGACAAAUUUUCUCCCUCGGACGAUUCUUUUGAAGAAGCCACCUGGAGCACAGCUGGGGUUUAAUAUCCGAGGAGGGAAGGCAUCACAGCUUGGAAUCUUUAUCUCUAAGGUAAUUCCAGACUCAGAUGCCCAUAAGGCUGGCCUGCAGGAGGGAGACCAGGUGCUGACAGUGAACAAUGUGGAUUUCCAGGAUAUUGAGCAUAGUAAGGCUGUGGAAAUCCUGAAAACUGCAAGAGAAAUCUUCAUGCAAGUUCGCUACUUUCCGUACAAUUACCAGCGGCAGAAAGAGAGGACAGUGCACUAGAGCAAAGACCAGAUCUUCCUUCAUUGUCCACAUCCACCCAUUUUGUAAUAGAUGGUUUCGGAAAGGUCUGUGCUGUGACUAAACUUUGUCAAAGUUAGCCUGCACUUCUUUGGAUUUUGAUUGACUUAUUUAGGAAUGGGAGAUCCGCAGAGAGUUCUGUAAUAUCCACACUGCCAAUUUUCGUUAAGGUUGUAUUAUAUAUACUAUAAAUACUUCUCUAUGCUUGUUUGAAUGGCGCUUUUAUAUUUUGUUUUAAUGCUUUAUAUUGGGAUGUACAGUUUUUUUCUGUUCUAAAAUCAGAUUUUUGCUUUGAAUCUUCUAAGUAGGGUAUGCGCUGGAGUGAUUAUAAAGUUUACAGCACAAGGACAUUUGACAUUGUUCUAAUAAUACAGCAAUCAAUAAUAUGAAAUUGGAAGAGUGACAAAAAAACAAUGCCCCAAAAAAAUUAAAUCACAUUUUAUGCUUCUGGGUUGGGGUGUGCUUAUGCUGCUUGUACAUCUGUAAUCUUCAUAACUGUUCCACAGAAACACUAAUAGGGGGUUUCUGUAUGUAAUAAAGGGUGCAAAGGUAUCUAAAGAUUUAAUUGCCUAUAAAAACUAGUCUACAUUUACAGUUUAAAAACAUGUUGUGUUUGUUGCUAUGGGUUACUGCUCCUGGGCACCUGAGUGCCAUUGAUUACAUAUGGGGGUAUGAAUUUUGUUACUUAAUUACUUAACUGACUGUACUGAUUAUUCUGUUGAAUGUUGUUUUGUUUGUUUUGUUGUUUAUCUCUGUGCUCUGAAACUGAAAGAAUAAUACAUUUUUAAUACAGUCUCAGUCUCUGUUUUAUGUGGCAGGAAACAUAAUUUAACGUAAUUUAACUGAGACAGUCAUCCUCACUUAUGAUUGGUGCAAAUAAAUAAAUUAACAAAAAA